UGGAACGAGAAAGAUACUGUGAGAGAGAGAGAUCCGUUUCUAGCGCAGUCAGCACUAAAGUCUCUCACUUUAGUUUCGCGGACGGGACGGAGAGUGUGUGCGCGAGCCAUGCGUCUCUGAGCUCCAGCGCUAGCAUGCAGAGCAAUCCAGAGGAGAGGAGAGACACCGCGGAGCGGGAGACGCUGAUGAUGGAGCUGACGCGCCUGGUGCAGAAGAGUGUGAGAGAGAGCAGCUGGUGGGAGAGGAGAGGACUAGACUGCAGCAUCCUCACCGCAGCCUUCAUCAGUUUACCGGCAGGGUUCCUGUUGUUGGGUUCGUCUCAGCCGCUGUAUUUCCUGUCAGGUGUUCUGAUAAUGGGCGUGUCUCACGCUGUCAUCACCGUUAAAGGGACACACCUGGCCAGUCACGGCGCGCUCAGCGAGUCUCCGGUCUGGGCCGACUUCUGGGCCGUCUUCUUCAUCGAAGUGUGCGGCUCGUUCUCAGCGCGGGCUGGCGUUCAGGCUCACGUGAAGAUGCAUCACGCACACACUAAUGUGAUCGGUCUGGGAGACUCCAGCACCUGGAAAAUCCCCUUCCUACCUCGAUCCGUCUAUCUGUUCAUCGCGCCGCUGGCCGUCCCCAUCAUCACGCCCAUCGUCGCCGUCGGUCAGCUGAAGGGUCAGUCUCCGCUCCAGAUCCUGCGCACCGUCCCGUGUGUGUGUCUGGGCUUUUUUUCUCAGUAUUAUCUGCUCAGGAGUGUGUCGGGUCUGUCGUGCAGCUCCGCUCUGCUGGUCAUGCUUCUGUGCAGAGCCAUGUUCUCCCUGCCGUACAUACACGUCAACAUAUUUCAGCACAUCGGCCUGCCAAUGUUUUCUGCCACUCACCGGCCCAAACGCAUCUACCAGAUGACACACGGAGUCCUGAACCUUCCCCGAAACUCGCUGCUGGACUGGACCUUCGGCCAUUCCCUCAUCAACUGCCACGUGGAGCAUCACCUCUUCCCAUUCCUGUCUGACAACAUGUGCCUGAAGGUGAAGCCGCUCGUGUCUCAGUAUCUGAAGGAGAAGAAGCUGCCGUAUCAGGAGGACGCUUACAUCUCCCGUCUGAGUCUGUUCUUCCACAAAUAUCAGGAGCUGAUGGUGUUCACGCCGCCCAUCACUGAACUGGUGGGAAUCCAGUGAUGAUGGGAUGAAGAGCAGAAGACACGGGAAGAUGGACACUGACAUGACGACCGUCCAAAUUCACAACCCAUUUUAAUUGCAGAACGUGACAUAUCUAUGAAAGAAACAGGGUAUUUGACAAGAAAAAGCAUGUUAGAUGAGACUUGAAUGAUGGCAUCAGCUGGAAAAGAAAGAGCUUUCAGAGAUGAAUGACAAUUUGAUAAAGGAUUAUGGAGCUAAACAUUUGUUCGUUUAGAAUAAUAUGCACUGACGAUUCGUGAAAAGACCAGGAAUGUGCAAUAAGAAAGUACACAGGAUGGUGCUGACUUUAUAACAAGCAAAGCCGUGCAAAGAGAGCCUCUUUUCAUUUAUGACAGUGCUUCCUAUUCGCUUAGCUAAAUGACAUUAUUGAAUGUAAGGAUCAUUGCCUUAUGCGCUGUUGUCAGAUCAGUGGUAAUAAAGCACUGCAGUUUUGACCUCUGACCCCAGAUCAGCUCUCAGCUUCAAUAUGCAGCUUUAUGAAGACUAAAAAGAUGCAUAAAACUUUACCUGAUCUGUACAGGACACACUUUAGCUUUGCUCCAAAGUUUAGUGAGCUGCCUUUACUGUCUCUUAAAGGGAAAGUUCACCUAAAAAUUACAAUUCUGUCAUUUGC